AUGUCGACAGGACGCCCCAGAGUCUUCUUCGACAUCAAAAUCGGUGACCGAAGUGAGGGUCGUGUGGUUUUCGAACUCUACAACGAUGUCGUGCCCAAGACAGCCGAGAAUUUCCGCUCCCUCUGUACCGGUGAAAAAGGUCAAGGCAAGCAAGGCAAGCCACUGAGCUACAAGGGUUCCAUAUUCCACCGUGUCAUCAAGUCGUUCAUGAUUCAAGGCGGUGACUUUACAAACUUCAACGGCACAGGAGGCGAGUCUAUCUAUGGCGAAAAGUUCGACGAUGAGAAUUUCGACCUCAAGCAUGACAAGCCCUUCCUGCUGUCUAUGGCCAACUCUGGUCCCGGUACCAACGGCUCCCAGUUCUUCGUCACGACUGUUCCCACGCCUCAUCUCGACGGCAAGCAUGUUGUGUUCGGAGAAGUCAUUAAUGGAAAGAAUAUCAUUCGCAAAAUCGAGAACUUGCCUACUCAGUCGGACAAGCCUCAGAAUGGCGAUGUCACGGUCGCGGACUGUGGCCAACUCGAAGGGGCUUCAUACAAAUCAGCCACCGACAAGGCUCCAGAUGCCACAGGCGACCCCUACGAGGAUUUCCCGGACGACCAGGGGGAAGAUCUCAAGGGUGAGCAGUAUUACAAGAUCGCAUUGGACCUCAAGGAUUACGGCAACAAGGCUUUCAAGAGUGGAGACACCGAGACAGGCAUUGAAAAGUACCAGAAGGGUUUGAGAUAUCUGAACGAGUAUCCUGCCGCCAACGAUACCGAUCCACCGACACUGCAGGACCAGCUUGAUUCGCUACGUUUCACCCUGCACUCCAACUCCGCCUUACUUGCUAUCAAGGGAAAGCGGUACCAGGAGGCGGACAAGUGGGCGGGUUUUGCUCUCGAUUGCAUGCCUAAAGAUACGAAGGAUCAGGACAAGGCCAAGGUUUACUACCGGCGGGCUCUCGCACGACUUUCACUCAAGGAUCUGGAUGCAGCUCUGAAGGACUUCGCCGAGGCUGCGAAGCUGGCUCCCGAAGACGCUGCGAUCAAGCGGGACUUGACCUCAACCAAGGCUAAAGUACAACAAGCUGAACAGAAGGAGAAGAACGCCAUGAAGAAGUUCUUCUCAUAG